AUGAUGGCACAUCCUACGGAGGCUUGGCGUGAAAACCACUUCAAAGACAUGAUAACUAAGGUGGCUAAUUUGGAGCUCUACUAUAAAGCCAUUCAAUUCUAUUUAACCUACAAGCCUCUCCUACUGAACGACCUUCUCACUGUACUCAUUCCUCGACUGGACCACACACGUACCGUCGCCUUCUUCACCAAGGUCGGCCACAUUGCCUUCGUCAAACCAUAUCUUUGUGUCGUACAGCAGAGCGGUGCUAACAAUAAGGCAGUCAAUGAAGCUUUGAACGCCCUUCUCAUUGAAGAAGAGGACUAUCAGGCUUUGCGGCAUUCGAUCGAGGCACACUCGAAUUUUGACAACAUUGCCUUGGCUCAGGCCCUUGAGAAGCACGAGCUGACUGAGUUUCGCCGACUUUCGGCUCUCCUCUACAAGGGCAACAAUCGAUGGGUGCAGAGCAUCGAGCUCUGUAAGCGUGACAAACUGUACCGUGAUGCAAUGCAGUAUGCCGCAGACUCUCGAGAUCCUGAGACAGCAGAGGAUCUCCUGCGUUGGUUCCUUUCAGAGAACCUACCAGACUGUUUCUCUGCCUGUCUCUAUCAGUGCUAUGACCUUCUUCGACCCGAUGUUGUCCUUGAGCUGGCGUGGCGCAAUGGGCUCACUGAUAUGGCCAUGCCCUUCCUCAUCCAAACCAUUCGUGAACUCACCGCUAAGGUAGGUACCCUGGGUUCCUUUUUGACUGCGCGUCUGAAAUGCCUUAGUCUUAUCGUACCGAAGCAUUUCUGUGCAGGAUCUAGCGUCACCUACAUGUUGCAGACGGUGGCAAUUGUGGUUUACUUCUGCUGCGCCUGCCCUAUCUCGAAGUUUUUGUUUUCCUCUCAGAUUGAUCACCUCGAGAAAUCUGAACGAACCCGUUCGGAGGAGGAGGAGAAGAAGGAGCAGGCGGUAAAUCCUCUUGUCCUCCAUACGGAUACUCCAUUAAUGCUGACGGGUGGGACGUUGCCUCAACUCGGUGCCUACGGGACGGGAAUGAUGCCGCCCCCUGCUGCUGGAUCCGGUGGUUUCUAUUCCACCAAUGGACCCUCCUACUAA